GACCGAUGAGUAGGUUUUGGAGUGGAAAAUUGGAAUCAUCCAGAAAGGUCCUGUUUUCGUCCCGACCGACACGUAGGCCCUUUAAAUUUUAGAAUCAGUUGAGCUGCUUUUGCCGGACUGCAGAGUCGCUCGAGUUGUCGCUCUAAUUGUCCGAAUUUUAAUUCAGCUUUUCGUUGCAGAAGAAACUUGUUGCAUGUACAGAACGAUGCAGGCAACGCAGGAUAAUAACGAGCAGACUGAAAACCAACAGAUUGUUGGUGAGAAUGAGCAAAAUUUGGGCAGCCUGCACUUGGCGUGCGUGGACAAAGUGUCCAAGUUGCCGGUGGUCGAGGCGCUGACGCAUCAGACCAUCGAGGCGUACGACAAGGUCAAGGGGUCAAGCGGCGUUGCUAACUGGACCCUGUCAACGGCCGAGUCGACCGUGGCCACCGUGGCCAAGUUGGCUGAGCAGGCGGCCAGCAAACUGCCGCAGGGGCCGAUCCAGGCCGUCGACCGCACCAUCUGCUCCGGACUGGCGCUCGUCGAGGACAAGGUGCCCAUCAUCAAGGAACAACCUGGAGAGAUCUACGAGCAAGCCAUGGAAAAAGUGUCCGCCGCGAAGAACUACAGCUGGAACAAGGCGAACGACAUGUUGUCCACCAAGUGGGGCACCAUCGCCCUGAGCGGUUUCGACACCACCACCGGCCUGAUCAACAAGUACCUCGACUACUACAUGCCCCCUGAAGAGGGAGAAGUCGACGCCCCAGUUGAGGACCUGAGCGUGGACAAAGUUGGUCACUCCCUGCAAACUGUGGGUCAGUUGUCCGGAAAGGUUCGCAGCCGAGUGUACAGGGCCGUGGUGCACCAAAUGCAGGGCAUCAAACAGCAGAGCGAGCACUCCAUUGGCCAGAUGAACCAACUGCUCAACUUGAUUCCAAAGAAAGCUGAGGCCGAAGAGGAGGCGCGAAAACUGGCGCACGGAGUUUCAACCUUUCUGGCCAGUGUCCCUGAGAAGGUGGAGCACCUGAUGCCCGCCACCCUGGUUGCCCAGGUCAAGCAGGCCCAGACCUACGCCCAUCAAAUGUACGAGGGACUAAUGAGCUGCACUUUGAGGGAUGUGACUGACUCUGUAAAGGAACAGGCGGGAAAAGUGCAGACUGCCCUGAACGAUCUCAGCACUUUCUCAGGCCAGAUCAUGGAAACGUUUGUGGCGAAAAACAAGGAGAUUACCGAGACUGGCGAAGACGUGCCAAAGGAGAAUUAAAUACUGAAAUUCUGAAGAAAAUAUGUGUUCAAAAACCUCAUUUUAACAUUUUAAAUUCUGCCCGAGAUGUAACCGUAUAAUUUUUAAAGAUUUUCUAAAAUAAACUUUGCAUUCGUUUAAACUCA